UUUAAAAAACGAGCGUGCGAGCGGAGAUGCUGCUCCACACCGAGCAGGCCGCCUGCAGCAGCAGCGCGCACGGCCCCCGCAGCGGCUGCAGCCAGGGCCGCUCCCGAGGCCCGCGUGGCGGCAGGGGCACGGCCGGGCCCCGCAGCGCUUCUCCUCGGCGCCCCCGCCGGGGGUCAGGAGCGCGGCGCCCCGCGCUGUAGGCGCCCGCGGAGCCGCAGAAGCCCGCCGAGCUGCGCCUGGCGCGCCACCUUCCGCCGCAAGCCCGACGCUGCCCUCCCGCCGCGCCCCGCUCGCGGCCCCCUGCCCGGGCACCAUGGACACCUCCUCGGCCGGCUUGCUCCUGGCCUUGCCCGUCCUGCUCCAGCUGGCGGCCGGGGGCGGCUCGCCGAGGCCGGGCGCGCUGCUGCGGGGGUGCCCCGCGCACUGUCAGUGCGAGCCGGACGGCAGGAUGCUGCUCAGGGUGGACUGCUCCGACCUGGGGCUUUCGGAGCUGCCCUCCAACCUCAGUGUCUUCACCUCCUACCUAGACCUGAGUAUGAACAACAUCAGUCAGCUUCCCCCGAAUCCUCUGCACGGUCUCCGCUUCCUGGAGGAGCUACGUCUUGCCGGAAACGCUUUGACAUACAUUCCCAAGGGAGCAUUUGCUGGCCUUUACAGUCUUAAAGUUCUUAUGCUGCAGAAUAAUCACCUAAGACAGGUACCCACAGAAGCUCUACAGAAUUUGCGAAGCCUUCAAUCACUGCGUCUGGAUGCCAACCACAUCAGCUCCGUGCCCCCCAGCUGUUUCAGUGGCCUGUAUUCUCUGAGGCACCUGUGGCUGGAUGACAACGCUCUGACAGAAAUCCCUGUCCAGGCUUUGAGGAGUUUAUCAGCACUGCAGGCCAUGACCUUGGCCCUGAACAAAAUACACCACAUACCGGACUACGCCUUUAGAAACCUCUCCAGCUUGGUGGUUCUGCAUCUCCAUAACAAUAGAAUCCACUCCCUGGGAAAGAAAUGCUUUGAUGGGCUCCACAGCCUGGAGACUUUAGAUUUAAAUUAUAAUAAUCUUGAUGAAUUCCCCACUGCAAUCAGGACACUGUCCAACCUUAAAGAACUAGGAUUUCAUAGCAACAAUAUCAAGUCGAUACCUGAGAAAGCCUUUGUAGGCAACCCUUCUCUUAUUACAAUACAUUUCUAUGACAACCCUAUCCAGGUUGUUGGGAGAUCUGCUUUUCAACAUUUACCUGAACUAAGAACACUGACUUUGAAUGGCGCCUCACAAAUAACUGAAUUUCCUGAUUUAACUGGUACCGCGAGCCUGGAGAGUCUGACUUUAACUGGAGCACAGAUCUCAUCUCUUCCUCAAACUGUCUGCGAUCAGUUACCGAAUCUCCAAGCGCUAGAUCUAUCUUAUAACCUGCUAGAAGAUUUACCCAGUUUUUCAGUCUGCCAAAAGCUUCAGAAAAUAGACCUGCGACAUAAUGAAAUGUGUGAGAUUCGAGCCAACACCUUCCAGCAGUUGUUUAGCCUCCGCUCUCUGAAUUUAGCUUGGAACAAAAUUGCCAUUAUUCACCCCAAUGCGUUUUCCACUUUGCCAUCUCUAAGAAAGCUGGACCUAUCAUCCAACCGCCUGUCGUCUUUUCCUGUAACUGGGUUACAUGGUUUAACUCACUUAAAAUUAACAGGAAAUCAUGCCUUACAGAGCUUGAUAUCAUCUGAAAACUUUCCAGAACUCAAGGUUAUAGAAAUGCCUUAUGCAUAUCAGUGCUGUGCAUUUGGAGUAUGUGAGAAUGUCUAUAAAAUUUCUAAUCAAUGGACUAAAGGCGACAACAGCAGUGCAGAUGACCUUCAUAAGAAAGAUGCUGGAAUGUUUCAAGUUCAAGAUGAGCGUGAUCUUGAAGAUUUCCUGCUUGAUUUUGAGGAAGACCUGAAAGCCCUUCAUUCGGUGCAAUGCUCACCUUCCCCAGGCCCUUUCAAACUCUGCGAAUACCUGUUCGGUAGCUGGCUGAUCCGCAUUGGAGUGUGGACCAUAGCAGUUUUGGCACUGACGUGUAAUGCCCUGGUGACCUCAACCGUGUUCAGAGCCCCUCUGUACAUUUCCUCCGUAAAACUGUUAAUUGGGUUAAUAGCCGUGGUGAACAUGCUCACGGGGGUCUCCAGUGCUGUGCUGGCUGGCGUGGAUGCCUUUACUUUCGGCAGCUUUGCGCGGCACGGUGCGUGGUGGGAGCAGGGGGUCGGCUGCCAGGUCGUCGGGUUUUUGUCCAUUUUUGCUUCGGAAUCCUCGGUUUUCCUGCUUACCCUGGCAGCCCUGGAGCGUGGGUUCUCUGUGAAAUGCUCUGCGAAAUUCGAAACGAAAACUCCUUUUUCCAGUCUGAAAGCAAUCGUUGUGCUCUGCGCCGUGCUGGCCGUGACCAUCGCCGCGGUUCCCCUGCUGGGCGGCAGCGAGUACAGCGCCUCCCCGCUCUGCCUGCCGCUGCCCUUUGGGGAGCCCAGCGCCACAGGCUACAUGGUGGCCCUCGUCUUGCUCAAUUCCCUUUGCUUCCUCGUGAUGACCAUUGCCUACACCAAGCUCUACUGCAAUUUAGAAAAGGGAGACCUGGAGAAUAUUUGGGACUGUUCUAUGGUGAAGCACAUUGCUUUGUUGCUCUUCACCAACUGUAUCCUUUACUGCCCGGUGGCUUUCUUGUCCUUCUCCUCUUUACUGAACCUCACAUUCAUCAGCCCUGAAGUAAUUAAGUUUAUCCUUCUGGUGAUUGUCCCCCUUCCUGCAUGUCUCAAUCCCCUUCUCUACAUCCUCUUCAAUCCCCAUUUUAAGGAGGAUCUGGGGAGCCUGGGAAAGCAAACCCACUUCUGGACAAGAGCGAAACACACAAGCCUGAUAUCUAUUAACUCUGAUGAUGUUGAGAAACAGUCCUGUGACUCAACCCAGGCCUUGGUAACCUUCACCAGUGCCAGCAGAGCCUAUGACCUGCCUUCCAAUUCUGGGUCACCACCAGCUUAUCCGAUGACCGAAAGCUGUCAUCUUUCAUCUGUGGCAUUUGUCCCAUGUCUCUAAUUAAUAUGUGAGAGAAAGUUUUCAAAAAUUGAAAACCCAAAAAUGUGAGGUUGAGUAUAUCAGAGCAGUAACUAAAAAGAGCUGAGUUGAAACUUGAUUUAGAAAAAAAAAAUAACCUCUCAGUGUCAAAAAGCUGAUAAUUAUUGAUACAAGAGAGUGAAAAAUAAGUCUAAAUGCUGCUUAUAUAACUCGUUCAGCUAUAUAACUCAGUCACACUAUUCAGGUAAGCCUAAAAUAUAUAUAAAUAUUUAAAAAACAGAUUGAAAUGUUCAAAAAAUUCUCCAUGAUUUCAACUGAAUUCUUUUUCAACUCACUUGCUUGCGAAAGGGGUUUUAAACCAGAAAACCCCUUCAUAUAUGGUUGGAGGUAUUAGGAAAAUAAGAGUUUUUAAAUGGCCUACAUUACUAAGUAAUGGUUGUGACCAAUAGGAUUUCAUUUUAAUGACCAUGUGGAGAUGUUUUAGUACUGCUUCACCUUUCCUCAGAAAGGAUCCUUCCAGGUCACCAAUACCCCUGUGAAUGGAUAACAUAAGGCACUAUUAAUUCAUUCAUAGUCACAUCAUUUUUAGAGAUGCUAGAUUUUAUGUACCAGCACUAGAUGGUUCCACCCUCAGUGGAAUAAAACUGCUUACAAAUAUUUUGAAAGGAAAAUGAACUUAAAUUCAUAAAUUGCCAUGAAGGCAAUGACGUACAGAUGAGGUUCUCUUGUCUAAUUCAUUUUUAACUCCUUGGUGUCCAGAGGUUCGAAGAAAACUCCAUUGCCGGCAAUGGACAUACGCAGAAAAGACGGUAAGCAACCUGGGAUUAUUUUCCCCCUGGGUGAGUGCACGUUUUUCACAGGAGGUUUUAUCACUUGAUUCAAACUGAUGUGCAUCAUAAGGUAACAAUCAAAUGGAGACACAGCAUAAACUAAAUCCACUGGCAUAACUUCUUACAUGUAUCUCUAGUAGCUUUAGCAACAAUGUCUGAAACCACUUUUGACUCAACAGAACCUUGGUAAUAUAUUAUCCUGUUUAUUUAGCUUGGUUUUAGCUAUGUUGUCUUUGGAUCAACCCACCUGAUGUCAAGAACAUGACUUCUCUGCUUAUUCCAUAUUUAAUACAUGUGUUAGGUAUUGUACAAGGCAAAAUUAUUAAAUACUAAAGGUCAGAGGAUUAAUUCAUAAUUUCUAUUAUACUACAGUAGCUUCAAUACAUCCAAACCAAAAGACUGUUAGGUAGAUUUAUUUUUAUAUAAGCAUGUUUAUUUUGAUCAGAUGUUUUAACUUGGAAUUGAGAAAAAUACAUUUAUGAGAUGUUUUAUAAGAUGUGUAAAUAUAGAACUGUAUUUAUUACUACAGUAAAGAUUCAGUAAUACUAAGGACCAUGAUAAUAAACCAUGUACAGUGGCAUAUUCUUCCAUAUAUAUUGUGUUUCUCUGCCCAUUUUCUUUAAAUUCAUUAACUGUAUGUAAUAUAUGUAAAUGUAUAUAGUACUUGUAAAUAGACUCCAAACUUGCUUUUCUAUUAGGUACAAAAUAAAAGAAAUUUGUAAUAAAAUG